AUGUCAAGAUUUUCGAAGAUACGACCAUGCGCUCGUACAAAGCCAUUCUCUGUGAACAACGUUUGCAGAAGACUGACGACAAAAUCUCACGAUCAUGAUCGUCCUACACCUCCACACAUGAACUUUCCGUCUACCAGACUCUGCUACCACUGGGACACUUUACCACCUACACAAGUCCAACUCGUGCAUGCGAAUGCAAUUUUUACUACAGAAUCUCCCAAAUACUUAUGGUCUGCAUCGCAAUUCUACAACAUGUCGUUUGGAGAUAGCGCCGAGGUUUGUUUCUUGGGUCGAUCAAAUGUUGGCAAAUCAUCUCUUCUAAAUGCUGUGCUCAACACGCACUUGGCGUACACCAGCUCGAAAGUCGGACGAACCCGGUGUAUGAAUGCGUUUUCAAUUGGAGGAGAUGAAGGUCCCGAAGAUAAUAAAAAUAACCUUGGUCGAUUAGUGGUACUGGACAUGCCAGGAUAUGGGUUUGGUGCAAGACCGGAAUGGGGGACGGAGAUCAUUAAAUAUUUGGAGAAAAGGAAACAGCUGAAACGAGCCUUCGUACUAAUUGAUGCCGAGCAUGGAAUCAAAGAGAGUGAUCGUGUAAUGCUGCAAAUGUUGCGGUCACGAAAAGUCCCCCAUCAGAUGGUACUGGCAAAGGUUGACAAGAUUUUGUUUCCUCCGAAAGCGAAAAGAAUACCGAGCCCCGAGAAUUUGAACCGCGGGAUCACUUCUCUGGACAAAAUCCUCCAGAAACUGAAAGCAGUGGUCGAGCCGGAUCCAGAGUCUGAUGAUGCUCAAUUUACAACUGGAGAAAUACUAACAUGCACGUCUGAGAAACGUGCUGGAAGAAAUUAUGGGAUUGAUGCCGUUAGAUUUGCAAUGCUCCGCGCUGCUGGUCUACAAUUUCAACCAAAGGUCAGGCUAGCCAAGCCCGUUGAGAUAGUUUCGCACGAAGAUCUGUAUCGACAGAAGGGGAUGUCAGGAGAGCGAAAGGAGUGGAUUGUUGAAAGAUGGCAUAGAACGCGAUUACAUACGACGCCCUACCUCAACGUCGAUCAUCAUUACGCCGCCGCCGCCCCUACAGACGCGAAUCACGACUGGUUUCCUUCAGUGUCGCAUCGUAGUUGGUUAGCUACCGGAUCUUUGAUCACAUUUCCGACUUCCGCAAUUUAUUUGGCAUCAAACUCAGGAGAGAUCAAGUCGCUCGCAAAUAUGUCGAAAGUCGUACGAAGCGUCAAGAACAUCACAAAAGGAUAUAAUAAUGUGCAAAUCAAAGUUCGAAACGCUACCAGCAAUGAUCCAUGGGGUCCGGUGGGAUCAGAUAUGGCUGAAAUUGCCCAACUGACCUUCAAUUCGGCGGAAACAUUCUAUCAGAUUAUGGACAUGCUCGACAAACGAUUGAACGACAAGGGCAAAAACUGGAGGCAUGUUUUGAAGGCCUUGAAGGUGUUGGAUUACUGUCUCCACGAAGGUUCCGAGUUGGUAGUGACGUGGGCACGAAAGAAUCUCUAUAUCAUCAAGACUUUGAGAGAAUUUCAGUAUAUUGAUGAAGAUGGCAGAGAUGUUGGUCAAAAUGUCCGAGUUUCCGCCAAAGAACUAACAUCCUUGGUUCUAGAUGAAGAGAGACUUCGAGCUGAGAGAGCUGAUCGCAAGAACUGGAAGUCCAGAGUUACUGGUCUGGAUGACUUCGCCGAACCUUCAGACGCACAGCCACAGCCACGACGACAACGUCCACACCGAGCGCAGCGCGCUGAUGAAGAAGACGCGGAAUACAGAUUGGCUAUUGAGGCCAGUAAAUACCAGGAAGAGGAAGAUCGUAAAAAGCGUGAGAGUAGGCAAGGGGGCGGUGAACCAGACGACGAUGAUCUUGCCAAAGCUCUUAAGCUAAGUCAAGAGGAAGAGGAGUUGCGCAGGCGUGAACUAGAAGAGCAAAAUGCGCAUUCGCUCUUUGAUGACGAUCCUAUUCAGGUAGCACAACCCACUGGUUUCAACCAAGGAUACCAACAACAAGGAGCCGUUGAUUGGUCAGGAAAUCCUAUUGAUUUGCAAACACAACCUACUGGAUAUUUGAACCCUUACACAAAUUUCCAAGCAGCCCAACCUACUAGUUACCAGAAUACUGGUUAUCAAAACCAAUUCUCCUCGCAGCCCACAGGUUUUGAUCCUUAUGCAUCACAGCAACAGCAGUCAUUUCAACCGCAACUCACUGGAUUUAACCCAUAUAAUCAAUUCCAGCAACAGCAACAACAGUCUCAACCUCCGCAACAUCAACAGCAACAGCAUUUAGAACCACUUGUUCCUGCUGGAACAAACAAUCCAUGGGCCACAAACCAGACCCAACCACCCCAAUCAUUACAACCAAUGCCAACUGGAUCUAACAAUCCUUUUGCAAUAUCCUUUGCCCGACCUCAGACCAGUUCCGCUGCAUCCAAACCAACACUCGCUACUCUCCAAGAGCAGAAGGCUCUGGGACCGUUCGACAACACACCAUCGUUCAGCAACGCUCCGUCAUUCAACCCUGGCCCCUCAUUCUCACCAUCUCAACCACAAAAAGAAGUGUCCGAGCAUGAAGCUAGGCUCAAUGCGCUUCUUUCGAGUGGAGAGGGAAUGGACACGUUCGGAAACACCGGAAACCUCAGAAUUCCAGCCCAGCACACUGCACCGGGUACCUUUGUAAACAGUGCAGGUUCUGGCUUGGGGCGUAUUCACGAACAACAGACCGGUAACAAUCCUUUCCUUCAAACCCAAUACACCGGUAUGCCACAAACGACAUAUCAAAAUAAUCCUCAAGGUAAUGCUUCUGGCGGAUUUGGCAGCAGUCCUUUUGGUCGCCAGGUCCCAGCUGCAACGGGUCCAGCUGGCAUGAACGGCAGUAUGAAUAAUUCUGGCCAAUCGAGCAAUCCCUUCGGACCAAGACCGCAACAGGGACAAAACGGUCAGGGCGGCGAUUUGAUACAAUUCUAG